GUGAACAGCCAGAACCUGCUGCUGCUGGGCGUGCUUGUCUUCAUGCUCGGGGUCCUGAGCGCCUUUGCGGGCGCAGUGAUCGACGGCGACACGGUGUCCCUGGUGGAACGCAAGUACUCCCAUUACUGCCUGCCCCCGCGCUCGCCGGCCGCGGCCCCCAGCCCCGCAGCCGCGGCCCCGGGUCCGGCCCCAGGAGCGCCGCGCUCCCGCAGCACCCUGGACAGCGCCACGUCUGCCAAGUGCCGCCAGCUGAAGGACUACCAGCGCGGCCUGGUGCUCUCUACCAUCUUCAACUCGCUCGAGUGUCUGCUGGGCCUGCUUAGCCUUCUGCUGGUCAAGAACUACAAGUCGUCGCAGGCCCGGAGGGGUCGGCGCGGCCGGCGGAGGGCAGGUCGGGCCCUGGCGCGGCCCCGUGGCAUCCCUGGGCUCCGUGCGCAGCCGCCAUCCUCCCGUGCGCGGCGGGGACGACGGGGUCGGCGGGGACGACGGCUGCAGCAGCGGCCGAGUGAGGCCUCCAUCCUGUCCCCUGAAGAGUCCGACUUUGCCGCCCCUGGGGACUGCGCGGGCUUCGCGGCUCACCACGCAGUGUCCUACAUUAACGUGGGCGUCUUCCACGCAUUCGACGAGGCGGGCGUGGAGGUGUGCUGCGGCGGACACCCAUCGGUGGAGCUGCCCGGGUACGCGCCCUCGGAUCCCGACCUCAACGCCUCCUACCCGUACUGUUGCCGACCGCCCUUCGAGGCGGCGCGCCCCUGGGAGCCGAGGCGGGCCUGCUGAACCCCAGGCUGGGUCCCAGCGCUCGCGCCUCCCGCAAGAGCCCAGGGGAGGGUCCCAAGCCAGGCCUCGAGGGCGUAACAGCUCCGUGACCACUGGACGGUCCUCUGAUGUUAUCGUUUCUGUGUCCAGGACGUUUCUCUUCUCUGUGUCGUUCGUAUCCGGAUUCCAUUUAAAGUUUACAAGAAAUGUUUUGGGUCGGCUCGCCAACUGCACUUCUCUUUGGCAUCGGUUCCCUGGGUGGCGCUGAGGUCCCAGGUCGAGGGGCAAGAACAGAGCGCGCAGCUAGCGUGAUUUCCUGUGAGGACCUAGGCUGAGCGACAGACAAAAGCCAAGGUCCUGUAGGAACUCAAGGAGGAGUGCCGUCUGGCAGCAAAACUGCGACCCCACGUGCCUGCUUCAGCCGACACUUUCUUACUGUAAAGCUCUCCAUAAACAGUGACUAUGUUUGGUAUAUUUAUUGCAAUUUGAAGUUGGUGAGUUCCUUUAUUAAAUUAAUUGCUAUGUUAUUGGAGAAUGUUCAUCAACUUGGAAUUAGAGGGUGUCUACACGUAAAUGAGCAUGGGGAGGAAGGGCAGAAUUGGGUCGGAUUCGUUAAGUUUGAACCUGUGUUCUGCCAGCUGGUCCUCUCUGUCCGCCCUGUCUCUGAGCUAACUCGCUGAGUGUGCAGACACUGACACCAGACCCUUUCAUUUCUGUUUUUGGAAACUGGCUGUGUGGUUUCUACUGCAAAGCAGUAGAAUUUAUUUUUGGUUAAUACAUAUGAACAAUCUAAUCCUAUUUUGGAGAAUCACAGUCAUAGUUUUUCUGCAAAGAUAAUUUUCCUGUAAACUCAUUACUCUGGUAAUUUUGAAUAUUAUAGCAUUUCAUCUAAAAUAUACCCCUUAAAUAGCCUUAAUGAAUGUGAAGGUCAUACUUUUAAACAACUAGGAUAUGUGUGUGUGUGUAUGUGUGUGUGUGUGUGUGUGUGUGUGUGUGUGUGCAUGUUUGCACACUGUGGAAUGAGCUUCAUAUGAUGGCGGAAUGUGUGUCCAUCCUUCUGGGGGGCUGGUUCCUAGUCUUGGAAAAAGGUUAUCCGACUUCCUUGUGCCUGGAAUCCUAGGGCCGAGCCAGGGAGUUGACUGAUCAGCUGGGAGCAGAGUCCCAGCCUGAUCCCCAAAGGUGUGUGUCCUCUGCAGAUGGGAGUGGAGGACAGUGUACUCUGCUGUGUGGGCACCAGCACAAAGCACUUGGAGUGAGGGGAGUCAGGGAGAUUGUGUAAUAUCUUCAUGGUGUGCAGUAGUCCACUCUGUGAAAAAGUUGGAAUUUAAGGAUGGUGUGUAGUUACUUGGUGCAGGCUCUGGGGUUGAACCUCUCCUCAGUCCUCAGGUGCCCUGCCCAGAGCUCCCCUGAACUCCUGGUGACCCAGCCCCCUGUCCCAUCUGGGAGCUUGCUGGGCUGCCCUGACCUGUUCCCACUCAGUGGGCUUAUUAUGGAGUGCAAGCCUGUCCCACUAAUGCUCAGACAGUUCCUGUGAGACGUGGGGUUCUUCUCAAGAGGUAACAAGUCCAGCGCUCACCUUGCUGUAUUGAAGCUGCCCCAGGAGUAGAAAUGACUUAUGGCCAUCUUACUGGGGUCCCACCUACAGGGCACUGCCCGUAUCAGGCUUUUGCUGUCUUGGGGGCAGUGGGAGCAAGAGGGUUCAGUCUGACUUGCUGGUCCUACUGCUGGUCUAUUAGGUCCCUCCUGCCCCAGGAUAAGUAGCCUUCUGACCAUUGGCCUAAGCAGAAAUGUCACAAGUGCAGCACAAAGUGACCUAAACCACCUCAUAUCUACUUAAUUCAAAUCCACAGGGCAGGUAUUUUCCUCUGGGAACAGAGGCUUCCUGAGGCAGCCAGGCCCCUCCACCUGCUGGGUGAGCACUGGGUGUUCCUGGGCAAACCAGUGGAUGUGAAAUCAGCCUCUACCCUUUGUUUUUCUGAGCUGUUUCGUUUUACACACUUUAUACAGCUCAAAAUGUCAAAUGCCUUAUGGAUCUUUUGCUAUCAGUUUGGUCUCUAAGGCUUCAGGCUUUCCUUGGGGUAAAACAGAAGGCCAAGGGUGGGGAAGGCAGGGCCUGUGGCCAGGGGCUGACACAGAAGGGAAUCAGGUGUGUCCUGGGGUAGCAGGGGAACCUGGGGUGCAGGAGGGAGGGGAUUUCCCCAGCCUCAGGUGAGCUAGCCUCUUCCCAACCACCAGCACACCAGGUGGCGGUUUAAGACUGAGCUUCCCAAUUCCAGAUGCAGUAAGUUUCACUUUUACAGAGUUGGAUAGGAGAUGUGAAGUAUCGAGGUUUCAUUUUUAGGGUUAACUAGAGAAAACAGAAUCCCACUCUCUGUAAACUCAGAUUGUCACAAAGAUGAGCUCUCAGGGAAGGAGUGGAGGGUAUGGAAGCCACUUGUCUCCUGAUUAGAUUAACUUCCUGUUGCCCCUCCACACUCGACUCCUGGCCAUAGGUUUUACACAUGUUCAUUCUGCUUUUCUGGAAUGUUCAGUUAGCCACUCAGAAGUGAAUUGUGCUACCUAGAAAAUAAGGUCAGCUUUUGACCUUUCUUCUAUUGAGUCUUAUUCUGCUUCCUGCCAGGAGUUUAUUAGGAUGAUGAGAUGCCAAAAUUAAACAAACACAUUCUAGCAUCUUUUAGGAGGCUGAAGGUGGAGGUUGUAAGUUAUUAUUUUAUGGUAAAGAUGUGAUUUGGUUCAGCAGGAGUUCAUUGUGAAUAUGGCUGGGGUUUAGUUUAAAGGGAUUCUUCAUGAUGCUGUGUACCAAGUUGGGCAGUGAAGUCGCCUGACAAGUUGUGUUUUCUUAGGCUCAACAAACCUUCAGAUAUCUGGGUUUUCAUGCCCUUCCAUGGUCAGAGGGGGCAGGCAGGUGGGUUUUUCUUCCCUGGGUGCCUUUAACCUGAGCCACAAAACUGAGCUUUUGACUGAAAAUUCAAUUAAACAAUCAUUUAAUUUGAAAAAUUAGUCAGAUGGUUGAUUGUUGUGAAUUUCAAAGACUUACGACUGAGGCUGGACCCCUGGCCAGGUCUUUGAUGCAGUGCAGGAGCAACUGCGAGCAAACACACACACACAUGCACGCGUGUGCCUACCACCACCAGCACAUGUGCUCGUGCACAUCCUCGUGCGCAGCACAGAUGCACACAAAGACACAUGCACAUAGACACACAGGCACACAGAAUGAGCACAUGUGUGUGCACACACAUGGUCUUCUGGGCAGUGUCUGAGAGCCAGGCCAGCAGCUCUGCCAGGGGAACCCAAGUGGAACCCACUCAGGGCAUGUAAGCUGACCUUGCUGCUCUGUGGCUUCACAUGCAGGAUGAGCCUAAGGGGAGCCACUCCAGGGCCCCAGCAGUUGUUGAGCUACUGGCCAUAUCUGGAGGGGCAGGCAAGUGGGGCUGGGCAGGGAGGGUGGGAGGUGGGGGCAGGCAGGUGGAAAACUCCCAUCUGUGUCAGUACAGCUCAGUGAUUCAUGGCAGCAGGUAUGUUGGGGUCCAGGUAAGAAGAAGGCUGCCAGGCUGUAUCCCAGACUCUCUGCAGGUGUGCCACUGGGACAUUGCUAGGACUCUGGUGCUGACCCACUCUGCACCUACUUCCAUCCUCCAAGGGCCUGGCACCUAUGCGAGUGGGCAAAGGUGACGGUCCUGUAGUGCCCUCCAGGUCAGGAUCACUCCAAUAUAUGUUUUCUCACUGAGAUAGGAAAGUAGGGAAUGGUAGAGACCUGAGAAAGUGAGCUCUGCCACUGAGCAGGCACCAACCACGUGUAGACCUGUGUCCCUUCCUCUUGUCUGAGAUAGACACAGCAACCUGAUGUGAACAGGUUUAAUUUCCUGUUGACUCAGUGUCUUGGCCUAAUUUGCUGUCUUGUAGUACUGUAACCAACAGAAAAAAACACCAACAAAAUGGAAAACAAAAUUUAAAUUAGUAAAAUAGAGCACACCAAUCUUGUGCCUCUGCUUGAACCCUCCUGAGCAGUCCUUGGGUGACAGGAGGAGCCUGGUGGUCCUGCAGCAGACUUGCUCCUGACAGUGGUCUGUGAGCCUCUGCCUUUUGAGGCACUAGAGGAACCCUCUUACAUGCAGCUUCCCCGGAGAGUCCCUGAUUGAUGCACAUUUCGCCUUUUUGUCAGCCUUUGGUCCUCAACGGAACGUCACUGUCAGACCAAUAAAAUGUUUUGAAAACAUAG